GGCGUCGAAGGCCCAACAUCCACAGAACAUUGCUGGACAUCCUUGGAAUCGCCUACUUUCUUCCUCUCCUCCCAUCGACCGUGUCCCAUCAGGCGACGACGAAGCUCUAGGGCGAAUCAUCCAUCGCCGGAGAAGAAUUCACCUUCAAUGACGCUCGGUGGUUCCGGUGGAUCCAGCGUCGUCGUUCCUCGGAACUUCAGAUUGCUGGAAGAGCUCGAACGAGGAGAAAAGGGCAUAGGAGAUGGAACUGUAAGCUAUGGUAUGGAUGAUGGAGAUGACAUUUAUAUGCGAUCUUGGACUGGAACAAUAAUAGGUCCUCAUAAUACUGUCCACGAGGGCCGCAUCUAUCAACUCAAGUUGUUCUGUGAUAAAGACUAUCCUGAGAAACCGCCUAGUGUCCGAUUCCAUUCACGCGUCAACAUGACUUGUGUCAAUCCUGACACUGGAGCGGUUGAUCCAAGGAAAUUUGCAGUUCUAGGGAACUGGCAAAGGGACUACACGAUGGAAUAUAUCUUGACCCAACUCAAGAAGGAAAUGGCUACAUCACACAAUCGCAAACUGGUUCAACCUCCAGAGGGCACCUGCUUCUGAGACAAUGAAUUUCAAGCACGACAAUGCUAGUUCCAAGGUGACUAUCAGUGUUUCGAUUAAUCAUUGAACUGAAGCUUUUCAUUGGGUGCUGCAUAAUGAACUUUCGAUAUAUAUAUAUGUCAGUGUAGAGUGUGUUGUAAAAGUUGACUGCAACGAAUUGUUAUAAUCUAUCAUCAAACUCGUUGUUCUGUUGACCUUUUCUUAUCUGAAAGUCUAUUAUCUUUGCAUUGUUGGUCA